CCUCUUCUCUACUAGCCACUGCCUUUCCCCAAAUUUUGGAUCGCCACCACCGCCUGCAUGUGUCAGAACUAGGAUAGUGGGGAAACGAGGAAUCCGCUCGUCAGGAAAGGAACGCCUCUCCUCUCCUUCGCUCCCGCCUUCGUGUUCAGUCGGUACGCCUCAAGCGGCCUUUCUUGAUCGGUUGAAGAGAAAGCAACUGACGGUGAACGCUGUUCGGCCUCUUUAGGGAAGAGUGUCAGGCUCAGAGGAACGAAGAGUCUCGGAUAAGCAGGACCUCGAUGGAAAAGGAGCGAAUGGCGGGGUUUCGGGUCGCCUUCCCUCCCACUCCCCCACCCCCUCUCCGAGAGAGAGGGGGUCUUUAAGAAGCGCUCGUAAUAGGAAUAUCUGGAAAUUUAAUAUAAUCCUCUUUCUUGACAACUGAAAGAAGCCUGCAGAAAAACCAUGGCAACAGAAUUAAAUACUGCAGUGAAAAAUGGUGAUCUUAUGCUUGUUCGACAGCUGUUGGAAGAUGGAGCAGAUAUUAAUGCAAAGGUGGAAUAUGGCUGGACACCUCUCCAUAGUGCUGUACAAAUAAAUUCCAAAAAGAUUGUUAAGUUUCUGCUGGAAAAAGGGGCUGAUCCAUUAGCAAGGAAGGAUAAUGGUGCUACACCUUUUAUUUUAGCAGGGCUGACGGGUAAUGUGAAGCUUUUGAAACUUUUUCUUGAUAAAGGCUCAUCUAUUAAUGAGUGUGACAUCAAUGGCUUCACUGCAUUCAUGGAGGCUGCUUGUGAAGGGAAAGAGAAAGCCCUGAGAUUUUUAUAUAAGAGGGGGGCAGAUGUAAAUCAGCGCCGUGAAGUGGAUGAGAAUAAAAAGGCUGUAAAAAAAGGAGGUGCAACAGCUCUGAUGGAUGCUGCCAAGCAUGGCCAUUUUGCUCUGGUCAAAAUCUUGAUUAAGAAAAUGGGUGCUGAUAUAAAUAUCUGUGACAAUCGAGAUGGAAAUGCAUUGAUUCAUGCUCUCUCUGAGGAGGAAAACUGGAAUAAAAGCAGACAAAAAUUGGCCCUUUUCCUUUUGAAAAACAACAUUGAUGCCAAAAAGAGGGACGUAAAGGGGAAAACGGUGCUUAUAUUGGCUGUUGAAAGAGAAAGCUUGGCCCUUGUGAAGGCCAUAUUAAAAUUAGAUGAGGUUGAUCUUGACGAUGCUGAUGAAAACAACGAAACAGCAUUGCAUGUAGCAGUGAAGAAGAAAAAUAUAGCAAUAGCAAAGCUACUAUGUGAAAAAAGAGCAAGAGUAGAUAAUGAUGUCUUGGAUAUUGCCCGUAGAACUUACCAAGACAAGAUGAUAAAACUUCUUCAGAAAUACAAAUCACCGGACAGUCCAAGGCAGCCAGAAGAAAUUCUCAGAAGGAAUUGUCAGGAAUUCUCUAGCAAUCGCUGGAAAUCAAAACUCCAGAAACUCAGUCAAAUGCAUCGUCCUAUGAUUGGCAAGCUCAAGAUCUUUGAAUAUCAAGAUUUAUGGAUCCAGAAGACCACCCAAGGUGGGGUCUACCUGGGAUUCUAUGCUGGAGAAGAGGUGGCUGUGAAGGUACUCUGGAAGGGUUCAGAAAAUGCCCAAAGAGAAAAAAUGUGCCUUGAAAAAUGCCGAAACAGCAAAUACCUGGUGAAAUUUCGUGGCUCAGAAGAGAGGAAAGCCAUUCUUUACCUGUGCCUCACCUUGUGUGAAAAGAAUCUUCAAGAGUAUUUCAAGGAAGAAAAUAGCACAGCUAUGGAAAGCAAAAAGAUUCUUAAAAAAAUAUUUCAGGCUGUAAAGGAACUGCAUGCAUUUGGAUUUGGCCAUCAGGAACUGCACCCAAGUAACAUUUUGAUAGAUGUCACUGGCAAGAUUUUCCUAGCAGACUUUGAUAAGAGCAGAGAAAUAACUGAUGAUACAAAACAUUCUGUAAUCUCAGAAGAUCUACAGGGUCUCCAAAAACUUAUCCUGUAUGUUGUGAAGAGAGGUGAGUUGGACUUUGAACAUUUGCCUACAGAAUGUCCAAAGACUGUAAAGGAGCAUAAGGAAAUUGAAGACCUCCGAGGAAAACUGAAACUCCCUGACAAAACUACCCUAGCUGAUAGUCUACUGGAAAUGCUGAUCUAUCAUCCAUAUUUCUGGUCCAAGGAAAAAAAGUACAGUGCGUUAAGAGAUAUCGGGAAUGAGAUACGUACAGCUCAUGCAACAAAAACAAAUGGCAUUCUGAAGGCUUUGAAAUGUGAGCAUGAUCCUUUCAUGGACUGGCAAGAAAAGAUUGAUAAAAAAGUAUUGGACUCUAUGGUUUAUCCGGGCAAAGAGAAAGGCAACAAGAGGGUCCCAAGAAAAUAUGGCCGGGAAGUAAUAGAUUUAUUAAAGUUAAUUAGGAAUAUGGCUGAGCACUACAAUGAAAAGGACAAUGAGGUGAAAAAAAUAAUUCAGGAUCCUGCAGACUAUUUUCUGAACCUUUUUCCAGAUUUAACCCUUCAUAUCUAUCAGCUUUUGUAUGACUCGGAGUACAGCAAAUAUUUUCCAAAUGCAAAGAAUUCUUCACACCCGUAACAUGGGUCAGUGGACAUUGGUUGUUUAAUGACAUAAUUGUAUGUGACUUACAUAUAGAGAAUAGAAUUUUUUAUUGGCCAAGUGUGAUUGGACACACAAGGAAUUUGUCUUGGUGCAAAUACUCUCAGUGUGCAUAAAAGAAAAGACACAUUCGUCGAGAGUCAAGAAUCAUAAAGUACAACCCUUAAUAAUAGUCAUAGGGUACAAUAAGCAAUCUUAUCAUACUAGGAAACAGUCAAUAUAACAGUCAGUAUAUUUUCUAACUAAAACCAAUCAAUAGUUUAAUCAGCACUUAAUACUAUAUGUCAUCCUGGAAAAUCUUCUUUAGACCUUCUCUUACUCAUUGACAAUCUAGUCUAGUCAAACUACAACUGCUAAUUAAGGUACCCCCAGAGAAAUCAAAUAAUGCAGAAUGUACAGUUGUCAAAUUUGCAACCGUGUUCCCACAGCAUUGGACAAAGCAUGGUGGAGUUGCAUAUCUGCUUCCUUUCCAACCUAAUAUGUUGUAUUUGUUAAUGGAACUGCAGAUAUAGGAGUUUAUAUCUCAAAGUCAGUUUCUGUCCAAAAGAAGCCCCUUAUCCUUUUUAGUGAGUGGAGAACCUCUGCUUUCAAGCACUUUUAUUGUAACCCCACAGGGGCAGAAUACAAGGCUCUGCCCGCUUGGCAAGGUUGAAGAAGCAACUUACAUAGUUAUGCAACACAUUUGGUCAGUUAAUGAGAUCCUACAGACAUAGCUCCCCUUCCUUGAAACCCAGAAUCCCCUUUGUCUUAUCCAAUAGUAUCAAAUGAAGCCACAGCAGCCAGAAUUCUCACAACUACUCCUUGAGGUUUCACUUUGCUUUUAUUGAGCUGCAUGAGCUAUUCCUAUCGCUCUGCUUUGCAAGCAGAGGUCAGUGCUUUUUAGCAAGCUGAAAUCAUUUUUUACUAGCUAAGCUAUUUCUUCGGUCAGGUUUUAAGUGUACGUGGGCUUAAAGAUAAUAAAGCGGUACAUAAAAAUUAUUAUUUUUGUCACUGAAAUUCUGAGUGUGCUCUGCAGGCUGCAAAAUAAAUAAAUGGGAGGCCAGUGACCAUCAUUGCCUACCUAAGAGCUGUAUGAUGAGUGAGUCCAGUCCCUCGCUGUAAUAGUACGUGGAAAUGAUCUUAGGAGUCAGGAGGAAAAGCCAUAGAGUGGACAACUGGCUUGUAAAAGAGAUCUCAGCCCACAGAAGGAUGGAGGGCACAGGAAACAUUUCAGUAGGAACCCUCCCUAGUACUCUGGUGUGUAAAAGGAAAGGAGGGGAGAAAUUGCAAGAUAACUUUGCAAUAAAGAUAGAGCUAAUACUCCUAGUUGUGCUCCUUGGUUGGAUUACCAUGAACAACCAACACUGUCCAUGCAAAAAGUUCCAUAUUAUAUUCAGCAGAGAUUUCCAAAUGUUCUUGGUCUUCAGUGCCUUCAACCCAAUAUUUUUUUACACUGAUCCUAGGCUUGUAGUUUGUGUGGUAUCUGGCAGUUGUCAAGUAUCACUGGAGUAUCGUGUGAUGUUCCUGUGAGUUCAUUGCAGCACCCUGCAUUGGUGCUGCAACUGCUGAGUUUGGGAACUUUGAAACUAUAUUACAAAUGACCGCGUGGAUAAUUAUUACUCUCUGCACCUAGUGCAUUAAAUUUCACUUUGAUUGCCUACAUCUCUAUGGAUAUGCAUUUAUUCCUAAUUGGUGAUGUUAUGCCAUAUAAGUGGUAUGAUAAACUGAAAGCCUAUGCUGCAAUAAACUUAUUGGUAUGUAAAAUGUC